CAAUGAAUUAGUUAUACACCAGUAGUUUGCAGUUAACUUACGCGUGUAUAGUUUGUCUUUUCUGAAAUCCAUAUGGAGCGGUACCCAUAUGGAUAUGUUCGAAUACCUUUAGAUGAGGUAAACAUUGUACAUCGUACUUCUAUUAAUUGGCAAGAGACACGACCAAUCCUACCCAGACCUCCUCCCGCAAUCAAUCAUGGGAAGUACGACGAGAAACAACACCUGUUGGACACCAGCGCCACGGACAGCGCUGUUGUCCAGUUGGACAGCAACGCGGGUUCGCCAUCGGACGAUCCAGUACACAACAGGAACUUGGAACAUCCCACUUCCAACUUCGAUACGAUGAUUCAUUUGCUGAAGGGCAACAUCGGGACAGGAAUACUGGCCAUGCCUGACGCCUUUAUGAACGCAGGAUGGGUGAUAGGUCUCUUCGGCACAAUGUGCAUGGGAGUCAUUUGCACACAUUGUAUGCACAUGCUGGUAGGAAGUUCACACGAACUCUGCAGGAGAACCGGAUCAUCAUCGUUGAGUUUUCCAGAAGUCGCUGAAAAUGCUCUUAAAACAGGUCCGAAACCUCUGCAAAGAUAUGCUCCCUAUGCCAGAACUAUAAUAAACGUAUUCCUGUGCAUCACGCAAUUGGGCUUCUGCUGCGUGUACUUCGUAUUCGUGGCAGCCAACGUUCACGACAUCGUUAAGCACUACUACAUGGACAUAGCCGUGUACUGGUACCUCCUUGCUGCUUUAUUUCCCAUGAUACUCCUGAACUGGGUGAAGAAUCUCAAAUAUCUGACGCCGGCGUCCUUGUUUGCGACCGUGGUUACGAUAGCUGGUUUGCUAGUUACGUUCUACUACAUGUUCCAGGACCUGCCGAAUAUGUCCACUAUCAAACCAUUUGCGAAUUGGUCACGUUUGCCAUUGUACUUUGGGACGGCGAUAUAUGCUUUCGAAGGUAUUGGUGUGAUAUUGCCUUUGGAAAACAACAUGAAGAGUCCUCAGGAUUUUGGUGGGUGGAACGGUGUUCUAAAUUCGGGCAUGAUCAUCGUAGCUUCACUCUACACUUCUGUAGGUUUUUUUGGGUAUCUGAAGUAUGGUGAGAGAGCCGUUGAAGGAAGCAUUACUCUUUUAUUGCCGACAGAUGAAGUGUUGGCUCAGUCCGUACGAGUCUUGAUGGCGAUCGCCAUUUUUCUCUCCUACCCCCUGCAGUUUUACGUCCCCUUCAGCAUCCUGUGGCCAUCAAUAGAAAAGCACUUCUACACAGACAAGUCCAAAGAAAUUGCCGAAUACGUCAGUCGAACUGCGUUAGUUCUAUUCACGUUCAUCUUUGCUGUGGCCAUUCCUAAUCUUGGAGCUGUUAUCUCACUAGUGGGAGCAUUCAGUAGUUCAGCGUUGGCUCUGAUCUUCCCCCCACUUAUCGAGAUCAUCACUUUCUGGCCAGAUAAGUUGGGACAGAGUAAUUGGAAGCUAUGGAAGGACAUUUGUAUUAUCAUAUUCGGUUUUCUUGGGUUUUUACUAGGAUCGUACGUAAGUCUAAUGGAGAUUAUCAAUCCAGAUAAGAAACAGUGAAUAUGACUUUGUGAUAGUCAUUCUUUAUAAUCCAGUGAGUACUGAGAUGUUGAUAUGAACAUUGAAAUUAUAAGUUUAGUUAUUGUGUAUGAUCUACAUGUUGAUAUGUAUUUAUAUAGAAUAUCAGUUCAGUAAUAAGAUAUACAGCGUGUUACUUAAUAAUGGUAGGUCGUAAUUACAAGGGCGCAUUCCUAAACCAAAAGUGGAAAGUAUAAAGAUGCGUCCUAAAAAGACUCAUUUACAAGAUACAGUUUCAAAAAAAAGGUCUUUCAUUAAAGAUCCUUGUGUCGAUUAUGAAUUCCAAUUGCGAUUCACAUCAAUUAUGAGUAAAAAAUAAAAACAACUUCAUUACGUGUUAGAAAUUACUGAAAUAAGAUCACACCAACUUGCGACGAAAUGUUGUUAAGGUUUCAGGUAUCAUGGACAUAUUUUUGACUUUCCGCGACAGUUUCCUAUCAUGUUUUCUCUGUCAAAAGUAUUAUGUUUUUAAUCUCUGACACCCUGUAUCUUGGAAACAAGUCUUUUUAUGACAACAUGUUUAUACGAACGUUUUUAUUUGAAUUUGGUUCAGGAAUACGCCUUUGUAAUUAUGGCCUACCAUUACCUAACACCAUGUAUAAGCUAUAACUCUUGAAACCAGUAGGCAGGGCAGAACAGGACAGGUUGUACCACUACAGAUAGUACUGCAGUGAAAUGGGUAAUUCUCUAGCUUAGCUACCCCAGCCAUUUUUGAUGAAAAAAUGAUUUCAGAGCCUAGUUUGUGGAUGUAGAUUAAAGAAUUGGGACUGAAAAUGAGCGCAAACAUGAAAGUUCUGAAAUAUUUUCUAUAUAAUAGUUCGAUCAUAUUAGCAAAUUUCCCAGAAAUAAUUGUAAUUGGGAUUCAGUCGAAAAUGUUGACAGGAACGAAAAAAUUAUGGGACCUACAAAAUGAGAUCACACGUAAAAAGAUCCGACUAAUAGCAAAAAUGUUGUGGACGAAAAACGAGGCAAAAUGUAGGUUUUGGCACUUGGUAAUGGGACGAUAAUUUCACGUUCUUCAACUCUUCAAAUUCGUAGGAUUCAUACUUCUAAAUAACAACAACAAAAUUGGAUUAUAUUGGUCAAGUAGUUUUUUGAGAAUCUCUAAUUGUUUAUCCCAAAACAGCUGUUUUUAAUUUAAUAGCAAAAUAUAAUAAUUCCAAAAGAUAAAUGUUAUGUUUAUGCGGAAAAAUAAAGGUUACGUUUUUGUUUUUUCCUCCUAAACAAAUUCAAACAUUUCGUAUUUGUGAGUAAUUGAACAAAUGCGCUACGAUAUUCGAAAAACAUACGUUACUACAGUAUAUUCAGAUAAGAGAUAGACCGGACAUAAACAAGACCACGUGAUCAUCGAACGCUGUAACAUUCGGCAGGGACGUAUUAAGAGUCACGCAGUACAUAUUUUAGAUAGUAGAUGCUGCUUUGCGUAACUUUGUAGUAAAUUAGCACAAUUCGAUGUGUAUACGAUUGGUGAUGGAUAUAGGAUCAUGUGGGGGUGGGGUAAGAAAUAUAUAAUGAUGUAAAUAUACAUAAGGGUUUCAAAAUUUUCGCUUCGAUUUCCAGCUUCGGAUGCCGCCUGAUGUUUGGUGAAAUACAGUCGAAUAUAAUCUCAAAAUGGCGUUUAAAUUAGCCUAAAUUAAAAAUAAUCGUAUAUCUCUUAAAAUUGCUUUUAGAAUAUUGAUUAGUAUAUUUUUUGUUUUCUAGGUAAAUAUGUAACCAGAUUAAAACGUUCAAAACGUAAAAAUGUGCAUGGUUGAACAUUGUCAGAAAGUAGAUUCUUGAAUAGGUUUUGCCACAAUGGGUUCAAAAAUGUCAAUAAUUAAUUAAAAAAUACGGUAGCUUUAUAAUUACUUAUAACUUACCGAAUUUGAUGAACGACAUCUUUUAUUGGAAAGAUGAGCUUGAUGAGCUUUCAUCAUCGCUACUGCCUGAAACACCAACGUCAAUAAUGAAUGGCUCGACUUGUUCCUCUAAAAUAUUGUCCAGUUCCCACAUUCUCUUUUCAACUUUGUCUUUCACGUGCUUAAUACAGUUUUCCCAUUUUUGCGCUGUUAUUAAUUCUAGUGCUUCUUUGAAAAGUCCUUUGAGGUCACAAAAUUUAAAAGUUGUAUUGUGCUUAGCUAUAUAAUUUUUAACCUCUGCCCAUAUGAGCUCAAUGGGAUUGAGCUCGCAAUGGUAUGGAGGUAAACGGAGCACAGUUUUAUUUUGACUUGC